CGGCCCUCCGGUGGGCUUGACGCGGCUCCGUCCUCCACCUGCUCCGGACGCACCGCGGAUCCGAGGAAGAGGAGCGCACUGCGGCUGGAGGCUUGAACCGGAGCGGAGGUGUGUGCCAGCAGGAUGAAGCGUGUGUAACCAUGGCGACCCAGCUGCAGUUCGGGCGGCUGGGCGGUCUUCGUGCCAAACUGCUGCGGCGUUACGAGCACCGACCCUUUGUGUCAUGUCUGACCGGUCUGUACGCGUGUCGCUGGAGACGCUACGAGAGGAGCUGCACUCAGCCCGAGGACUGCUGCUGCAACAAGGUGGAAGGUGCCUGCUUCGGUCUGCUGGUGGCCUCCUUCUGCAUCACACUGCUGUUUCUCUACUUCUGGGGACAAGCCAAGAACGACUACAAUGACUUUGACUGGUUUAACUUUGGGAACCUGGGCUUCUGGUUCCCCUGGUCCAUGGUGCUGCUGGUCAUUGCUGCAGCCUUCUUCACCUACAUCACUGUGCUCAUGUUGUUGGCGGUGUGUUUGCUGUCAGAAGGCCAGAGGCUACAUUUACACUGGAGUCACAAGAUUGGGAUGGUGGUGAGCUUGACCUUCUCCAUCGCUGCCAUCGCUGUCUUAUCGGACCUGUGGAGUAAAGAGUGGACCACCCUACUGCUGUCCUUCCAGGUCACAGCUCCUUAUUUACAUGUGGGUGGAGUCUUACUGAUGACGGCGCUGGCGUGGCCCAUCGCUUUGCAUUUCUUCCGAAUGAACAGCAGAGUGAGGCGGGCUCUCAUCACGGGGCUCUACACCUCCGUCCUGUUGGCCUUCUACUUGGUGCCCCUCGGGUUGUAUUCUCCUUGCAUCAAAGACAAGGGCACCCUGGGCCCCCCCCCGGCCCUCAUCGGCCACAGAGGAGCGCCCAUGCUCGCUCCUGAAAACACUCUGAUGUCUUUUGAGAAGGCAGUGGAAGCUGGAAGUGAAGGUCUGGAGACAGAUGUCACUGUGAGUCUGGAUGGAGUGCCUUUCCUGAUGCAUGACCGGACCCUGCAGCGGACCACCAACAUCCACAAGGUGUUCCCCAACAGGACCAAAGUCCCAGCUGCCAUGUUCACCUGGGCUGAACUGGAGAACCUCAACGCAGGGUCCUGGUUCCUCUCUCAUAAUCCAUUUGGAACGGCCGGCUCUCUGCAGGCGGAGGACCGACAGCAGGCAGGAAACCAGUCCAUCUGCAGCCUGCAGGCCCUCCUCCAGCUGGCAGCACACACUGACAGGCUGGUGAUCUUUGACCUGUACCGUCCACCCAGAGGUCACCCCUACAGAGACACCUGGAUCCAACGCACACUGGACGUCAUCCAGAACCAGUCCUCCAUCCAGUCCUCACAGGUGCUGUGGUUGCCCUCAGACCUGCGUUCUCUGGUCCAGGAAAUGGACCCUGAUCUCCAGCAGACGUCAGGCAGCCGGCUCCCUCUAGAGGAGCUGCAGAGUAACCACAUCGUCAAACUGAACCUGCACUACAGCGCCAUGUCUGCACAGCUCAUCAGUGAAUACUCUGCAGUGAACAUCAGCACCAACCUGUAUGUGAUCAGUCAGCCCUGGCUCUACUCUGUGGCCUGGUGCACCGGAGUCCAGUCCAUCACCACCAACGCCCCCCAGAUACUCAGCGCCAUGAACGCCCCACUCUUCCUGAUGAGCCCAGAUGAGUACAACGUGAUGUGGAUCCUCACAGACCUGCUGUCCCUCAUCCUCAUCCUCCUCGUCUUCAUCUUCCAUCGGUGGAGGGAGCGAGGACUGGCUUUCUGCUCAGGAAGUAAAAUCACAGUGGACAACGGCACCUACAGCAAAUUCAGAACAGAGAUGAGUGACAUAUGGUCAGUGUCCAGCUCCAACUCCCAAACAGAGAAGAUGUCCAACCUGGCGUCCCCCGUCAGCCAGCGCUAACAGAGCCUCAUACUGCCAGAACACACAGGGACGUGGCGGUGAAGACGACGUCAGCUCCAUCUGGGACUUCGACACCACUCAAACAUUCCUUCACACUGUUUUAUCUGCAUUCCACUGAAAAAAAACAAAAAAAAAUCUGAUCUCCUUCUCAGGUUGAAUGUGUUUCACUCUAAUGCACAACAGCUGAUCAGUUUGGAGUAGUUUAUUUAGUCGUUUACAGGAUUCGGACAUCAUGAAAUGAGUCGGACGUGUUGUUAUCCUCAGAUCAUAACUGUCUAACUCAUACACAAAUGGACAAAAGUAUGUGGACACACUGAAGUCAGGUGUUUCUUUUCUAACAGGGGUCUGGGAUAUAAAACAGCUAAA